GCCUGCUAUCAAUGCAGCGAUGUGAGGUCAUGUGGUUUAGUUCCUGACCAGAUUAGUAUAAAAGGCAGUUCGCAAACGACUGAAUCGCCUUCGCUUCUCUAGAUCAAGCGGAAUGGCCAACACAUCCAUCUCAACCGUGCAAUUUGUCUACAAGAGGGUUAUCGAUGAGACGAUAAAAAACUCCCGUGAAACUUUUCUAAAUGAGGGGAUCGAAGAAAGUGUCCUACAGGAGCUCAGAACGUUGUGGGAGAGCAAAGUUUCCGCUACCAGAGCUGUAGAACCGGCAAUCAACCCUCCAGAUUACAUACCGCGGGGUCAGAUCUACAAAUACAACUACAGAAACCAACCCCAACAGAAUAACAACCAAGCGACCCCAGCUGCAGCAUCAGGAGUAAAUGUCCCAUUCCCUGGCCACAUCUCUGCCUUUAUUCCCCAAACCCUGCAAGGACAGAACAUUUCCCGAGCCCAGCCCCCGGCUGGUGGUGGUGGGGCGCGUCCUAUUAUUCAACAUGCAGCCCCCAACAUGCGACCUAAUAUUCACAAUGUUGUAGGCACUGCGCGGCCCAACAUCCAUAGUGUUGGUCCAAAUAUGCGACCCAACAUUCAAAGUGGUGUGACAAACGUGCGGCCUGGCAUGCACAUUGCUAGUGUGCGGCCUGGUAUGCAUAACACAGGGCAGCACAGUGUGCGACCAAACAUACACAACGCUGCCCCGUCUGUGCGGCCUAGCAUGCCAUCCAGUUCCAGCUCCCAAUACCCAGCAAAUAUACCCUUCCCUUCUCUCUCCGGGGUUACCACCGUUACUAAGAAGGAGUUUAACAACGCCAGCGAUUCUAUACAAGUAGACGGUAGCUGUGACGUUAUAACAGUAGAUGAUGACGUCACAGACCAGUCUUAUGACGUCAUGGAACAGAUAUGCGAGGUUAUAAACCGAACACGUGACGAAUCAGAUCAUCAGAAGCACAGUAAGACGACGAUAUGUGAUAAUUUCCAGGCAGUCCAGAACAGCAAUCCUAAAAGAAAACACAAGAAACGAUCAAAGAAAACGGAGAUAAUUUCCAACGCCGCUCUCCCCGCCAUGGCUACUACAUAAAAACUGCACUGUUUGUUAAAGUAUACACAUGGCAGACCCACCAAAUUCCCCGGAUACUUCUGAUACAAAUACCCAUCGAUUACAGCUCAAUUCUGGCUCAAUUAGGAAGAAGACGACCCACUCAACUCCGGUGAUGAUGAUAGUGACGACGGUCAUAACACUGAAUUUGAAGCCACUGAUAACGUCGUCGUAUGUCUGUUCGAUAAGGUAACACGAAGUAAAAAUAAGUGGAAGCUGAAUCUGAAGGAAGGGGUUAUGAAUAUCGGGGGUAAAGAUCAUGUGUUCCAUAAAGCAAUUGGUGACGGGGAAUGGUGAACAGAGAAGCCACGUUCUUUCUAGCGAUUCACUGACCCUCUAUUGAACUUUGUCGUUUCUAGUGAAAGCUUUUAUCUUUCUUG